UCCACCAGUGCCAACAAUAUGCAGAAGCAAGUGGAGAUCAGAAUGCAUGAGAGUCAUCUGGACCCUCCUCCACCACUUGAAGAGUCCAUGUGUGGAGGCUUUUGUGACAAAAUCAUGAAGAAUCUGUUACUUACGCUCACAAUUCUUGGUGUGAUCACUGGUUCAGUAGCUGGUAUUCUACUGCGUUAUGCAUCACCACUCCCCGCUGAUGUUAUUAUGGUCAUUGCCUUCCCGGGUGACAUACUAAUGAGGAUGUUAAAAAUGGUGAUUUUGCCUCUGAUUAUCUCAAGUUUGAUCACAGGAUUAGCAGGGUUGGAUGCCAAGUCCAGUGGCCGUCUGGGCACAAGGGCCAUGGUGUAUUACAUGUCUACCACCAUCAUCGCAGCUGUAUUGGGGGUGAUCUUGGUGCUCCUCAUCCACCCUGGUAACCCCAAACUGAAGGCAAACCUGGGCGAGGGCAAAAAGAACGAUGAAGUGUCUAGUUUAGAUGCCUUCUUUGAUCUCAUCAGAAAUCUGUUUCCAGAAAAUCUUGUUCAGGCUUGUUUUCAGCAGAUCCAGACUGUUACUAACAAGGUAGAAGUAGCUCCUCCUCCAAAUCCAACUCGGUUUGGACGAAAUGCUACCAAGGGAGCAGCAAAAUAUGUAAUCAAGAAGUCUCUUCAGUUUAAGAGUGGCAUGAAUGUUUUAGGUCUCAUUGGGUUCUUUGUGGCGUUCGGGAUUUGCAUGGGAAAGAUGGGAGAAAGGGCCAAGCUGAUGCUUGAGUUCUUCAAUGUUCUCAACGAGAUUGUUAUGAAGCUUGUCGGCAUGAUCAUGUGGUAUUCCCCCGUUGGUAUUGCAUGUCUCAUCUGUGGAAAGAUCAUUUCAAUUAAUGAUUUGGAAGUGGUGGCCAGGCAGCUGGGAAUGUACAUGGUCACUGUUAUCAUUGGACUUAUUAUUCACGGAGCCAUUUUCCUUCCCUUAAUAUAUUUUGUUAUUGUUCGGAAAAACCCAUUCACAUUCUUCAUGGGAGUUUUCCAGGCCUGGGUCACCGCUUUAGGAACAGCUUCGAGUGCUGGGACAUUACCUGUUACUUUCCGCUGUCUGGAGGAAAAUCUGGGCAUUGACAAGAGAGUGACUCGAUUUGUGUUACCUGUUGGAGCAACGAUCAACAUGGACGGUACAGCGCUUUAUGAGGCCGUAGCGGCCAUCUUUAUUGCCCAGAUGAACGGAAUAGAACUUGAUCCUGGUCAGAUUGCGACAGUCAGCCUCACAGCGACUCUCGCUAGUGUAGGAGCUGCCAGUAUUCCCAGUGCUGGUCUGGUGACGAUGCUUCUGAUCUUGACAGCUGUGGGACUACCGACUCAAGACAUCAGUUUACUGGUAGCAGUCGACUGGCUACUGGACCGUUUCCGAACAUCAGUCAAUGUCGUCGGUGACUCGUAUGGGGCUGGCAUCGUGUACCACCUCUCCAAAGAUGAGCUUGACAUGUUUGAUGCGCAGCAGAUAAGGCCAGAUGACUUUGAGAUGGCCAAGACACAAUCCUUUUUUGAGAAUAACACUAACCACGGUGUAUAUGCAUCUCACAACUCCUGUCAGCCGGUCCAAAAAGAUGACUGCAAGGUAACCUUGGCCUCAAAUGGCUCCCCUGCGGAGUUCUCACUUGUUGAGGAGGAACCAUGGAUACGCGAGUAACACAGCACACAGAUCCAGCUCCGCCUUAUCCUGAGUCCCGCAAGCUUAUCCUUUCUGGUGAAAACCAAAUGCUAAUUUUGUACAUAAAAACAGUCAGAAGUUUCCACAGAACGUUUCAUAUGCACAAGCAAUGACUUUUGUAUGACAAUCUCAGUACAUUUGAUACACAAAGUGAAGAGAACGUAGCUCGAAAGUAGCGGGUGGUUCAGUCAGGCUGCAUAUUAUUUACACUCAAGUAUUACAAUAGUUAGAAUUAUAGGCCUUGGCUUUGAGGAUCAGUCUGAAACCUGUUGCCUUAAGGCUACCGCAUAGAAGGAUCGCAGUGCUUUGUCCAACCCCAGAUUCACCCUAGAGCACUACUAGUGGCAGGAGGAGAGAAGGGCAGCUUGUUUGCUGAAGAUACCUUUGACUGGCUUGGCUUAGGUGGAUUAAUCCUUGGUGGCGGUACUCCAGAUCAGCCUCUUAUAAGAGCUUACCAGUGUACUUAGAGGUUCUGAAAUAGUGGUUUGCCUCCAAAUGCUGCCACUUAUUUUUAGAUGCUGCCCGACGUAAAUGCCACGUCAGCAAUUACAGAGCGAUCAGACAUGAAGUAUGACAUUGAGUCGAUUGACGUUAUCUGCAAGGACUGAUGGGAUUGUUACUAUCCUGCGUAGUGGACUGAAUAGUUUGCAUUCAAACGUUAAUAAGUCUCCAUGCGUGUUUAUGUUUGAGUGAAGGGACUUGCAUGUGUGUAGGUUUUGUAUGUAUCUGUGUGCUUUGUUGUCAAUUUAUUUAUGUGUUUAUUUGCUAAGUUACAAUCUUGCCUUGAAGAUAUCAACUGCAAACUGCAGACAGAAGACUUUAUGACAUUAAUAUUAAAUGCAAUCCCGUUUUCUUGGAUCUUAGACCACUAAUAGUAUUUGAUUCUCUGAGGAGCCUUCUAGGAUACUCAGAUAUUAAGUCCAGUUGAAUGGAUUCUAUAUUCACGCUGAUAAGAGAGGCCCUCAAGUUAUUUGGUGCUCAGGUUGUUAGUAUGUAACGGAAAAGAGAUGACAGAAUUGAGAUCUAUCAUUACAUCUGCACCAUUUAUUUGGUCGUCUGUAAUAGCAAUAUGAUCAGCAUUCCUCUUUUACACCAGAAUCUUAAAAUGUUCUCAUUAAAGUGCCUCCUUGCACUUUCUGUACAUAUAUAUAAAUACACAUAUGUAUGCUGUCAUAUUUUAGAUGUAUUUUCCAUGCAAAUUAAAGUGUAGUAUUAAUUUCAUGACUUUUGCCUAUUGUUUUAUAAAACAACGGCAAUUUAUGUAUUCAAUUCAGUAUUUUACUAAGUAGAUUAGAGCGUAACAGGUUGUCUUAAGUAAUUAUUGCUAUCAUAUACUGUACGGGUAACAUGGAACAGGUGGCUGUGAGACAUUGACUGAUGAGUAAAAAUGUAUGUAUAUGAAUGUAAGCAUAUUUUUCACUGUUACAAUUCACGAUGAUGUUGUGUCUCAAAUAUUGUGUAUUGUUAAACAUUUUGGUAGGAAUAGUGACACUAGGGGAAAAAGUCAAAUUAACAAUCAUUAUAAACCAGGCUUACUACAGAUUUAACAGCCAUGCAGAGAUCUUGAGUAUGUAUCUUGAGGAAAUGAUACACAACCUAGAUACAGUAUCUAUAAUGUAAAAGUGUGCACUUUUGGAAUAUCUGUUCAGGCAGGGCCUGACACAUCUGUAGAGGUACAGCGAUGUAUGUUGUUAACAAAUAUUGUAUGACCAUCCUGCUCGUUUUAUUUGUGCAGCCCUGUUUGGUUUCAAAGGCAUUGUAUUACUUGUCUACCAAACUUGAUUUUGCAUCCACUUUUUAAAUUUUUCUUUUUCCUCUAUUUUUCUAUGA